UAAUAGAAACCAGUAACUAGUAACUACCCUCUCUCUCUCUCUCUCUCAUCUUACUUCACUAACACACACUCAUUCACACCGACCCUCACCUCAUAAACACAAUGGACUUUGGAAGGGUGGGACCCUCCGAACCAGGUGGCUCAUCACGGCGCUCCACCGCUCCUCUCACAGGACCAAUCUCCUCCUCUUCCUCAAAAAGUAAAAAGAAGCUCAUCAUGCUCUCCAUCCUCGCCGCCGUCUUAAUUGUCGCCUCCGCAAUCUCCGCCGCGCUCGUCACCGUAAUCCGCUCCCGCGCUUCAGCUAAAAAUCAAAACCCACCGAAUCUCAUUGGCAAACCAACGCAGGCAAUUUCCCGAACCUGCAGCAAGACACUGUUCCCUACACUCUGCAUCAACUCUCUCCUCGAUUUCCCAGGCUCCACCACAGCUUCGGAGCAGGACCUCAUUCACAUCUCCUUUAACAUGACCCUGAGCCACGUCAGCACAGCAUUAUACGACUCCACCGGCAUCUCCUACGCCGCCACGGAUCCGCUGCUGCGCACCGCCUACGAUGACUGCCUCGAGCUCCUCGAGGAGUCCAUGGACGCGCUCUCAAGAUCCCUCACCUCCGUCGUGCAGCCUUCAGCCGCCGCCGCCGCUGGAUCCAACGACGACGUGCUGACGUGGCUCAGCACCGCGCUCACUAAUCAGGACACGUGUGCGGAGGGCUUGGAAGACUCAAGCGGGAGCGUUAAGGAUCAGAUGGUUAAUAAUUUGAAGGACUUGUCGGAACUCGUGAGUAACUCUCUCGCGAUAUUCUCGGCUAGCGACAAUGGUGACUUCUCAGGGGUCCCCAUACAGAACAGGAGACGAUUAAUGAGAAUGGAAGAGGACGAGGGAGAGAAUUUUAAUGGAUAUAUAUCGGGGAAAUUUCCGAGAUGGUUGAAUAAACGAGAUAGGAGAUUGUUGAGUUUACCCAUAUCGGCAUUACAAGCCGAUAUAAUAGUGUCCAAGAAUGGGAACGGAACAGUGAAGACAAUCUCAGAGGCAAUUAAGAAGGCACCAGAGCAUAGUAAUCGCCGGCUCAUAAUCUACGUGAGGGCAGGAAGGUAUGAAGAGAAUAAUUUAAAGGUAGGGAGAAAGAAAACCAAUCUCAUGUUCAUAGGGGACGGGAAGGGCAAAACUGUCAUCACAGGGAGAAAAAAUGUUAAGGAUGGCAUGACCACAUUCCAUACCGCAUCCUUCGCUGCUAGUGGUGCUGGUUUCAUUGCACGAGACAUAACGUUCGAGAACUACGCCGGACCAGAGAAGCACCAAGCGGUGGCACUCCGUGUCGGAGCUGACCACGCGGUGGUGUACAGAUGCGACGUCGUUGGGUACCAAGACUCAUGCUAUGUGCACUCCAACCGUCAAUUCUUCCGUGAAUGUGACAUUUACGGCACCGUUGACUUCAUAUUCGGUAACGCUGCCGUGGUUUUCCAAAAGUGCAACCUUUAUUCUCGGAAGCCCAUGGCCCAACAGAAGAACACCAUCACGGCCCAAAAUAGGAAAGACCCGAAUCAAAAUACGGGUAUAUCCAUCCACAACUGUCGGAUCCUACCCGCCCCGGAUCUCACCGCCGUGAAAGACGGCAUCUCCACCUAUCUGGGCCGUCCAUGGAAACAAUACUCUAGAACCGUGUACAUGUUAUCAUACAUGAGUGAUCACAUUGAUCCUAGUGGAUGGCUAGAAUGGAAUGGAGACUUUGCUUUAGACACAUUGUAUUAUGGCGAGUACAUGAAUUAUGGGCCGGGUGCAGCCAUCGGGCAACGGGUUAAAUGGCCCGGGUACCGGGUCAUUACUUCUACGGUGGAGGCAAACAGAUUCACGGUGGCCCAAUUCAUAUCCGGGUCGGCGUGGAUACCGUCCACCGGAGUGGCGUUCUUGGCUGGACUAUCCACCUGAAUUCCAUUGCAGUCAUUGUUACAGCGUUAAAACCUUACCCAAUUGGGGAAUAGGCUUCUGUUUUUAUUGUUCCUAUUUUAUUUUAAUUGUGCCAAAAAUGUAGUUUUGGGGCCUAAUUUUCCCCCCCAACGAUGCUAAUAAAAAAUAUAUAUAAGUUAUA